GGAGACUGGGGGAGCCCUGAUCUCCUCUGACACCCCAGUUGUUGCCCAUACCCUGCACUCCGCCAGCUCCUGCCCUGAGCCUCCUCCAGCGCCUUAACUCCUUCCUGGUCCCACACUCCCAUCUCCUGCCCCCAGCCGCUCCUGCAGUGCAAACCCUUGGCCUCAGCCUGGAGCCCCUCCAGCAUCCCUAGUUCCUCAUCUCCAGCCCCACUGUAGACCCCCACAUCCCCAGUCGGAGACCUCAGUCCCUCCUAUGCCCAUAUCCUGUGGGCUGUGGUUGAGGCGAGAGCGUGCUGGCUGCCAGCCCCACCCCGAGGCCUGUAGAAUAGUCGACUAACUGAUAAGAAUUCAUGAGAUUAAUUGAUUAUUCAGUUAACUGAUAGUUAAUCUCCCUAAACCUGGGGGAGUCGGGGUGUGACAUGGACCCAGACCCCUUCUGAAACCUCCCCCUCUUGCCCUGGCAGGCUGAGGAAUCGCGUCCCCGUUUCGCUCCAGAGCAUCCCGUCUUGCAGAGACAGGGCUGGGAAUGGCUGGGAUGGAGCCAGCUCAGGUGCCGGUGACCUUCGAGGAGGUGGCUGUGUAUUUCACCCAGGGGCAGGGGGCUCUGCUGGGCCCCGCUCAGAGAGCCCUCUACAGGGAUGUCAUGCGGGAGAACUAUGAGAUGGUGACCUCGCUGGGUAAGAGCUGCUCAGGAUUCCCUGUUCCAAAGCCUGACCUGGUCACCCGGCUGGAACGAGGGGAAGAGCUGUGGGUCCCGGAUUGCCAAGCUAGUGAGGAAGGAGGCAUCUGCAGAGUUCCCUCCCAAUGGAGCUCUCCUGUGGGAUCCAGGUUUCCCGGAACUGGGUUCUGCCCGCCCUAGAAUCAGAGGAGCACAGAUACUCACACCUGCUAACUGAGCACAUGUGAGAGGACUGGUUAAUCAGCAUUCAACAGCUUACCUCUGAUAUGUCCCUGUACCCAGUAGGUGGGUUUUACAGCAAUGUCAGCAUGUGGCCGUCUUGUGCCUUUGGACUCAGGGGGCUGCAUUUAAACAGCAUUUUAAGCUGCCACCCUCAUAUACUCUCAGGUACAGCACGUCCUGAUCUCCACUUUUACGCCAUGACCAUUCUGGUAGUAACCCGCUUGCUGAGCAAACCCCACCGGAUUCUUGAGAGACGCGGGGAUCUUCAGCGUUGGUCCAAGGAGUGGUGUUGCAGAGUGAAUGAGGAAGCCAAAAACAUCACCCCAAAGAGGGGGGCAGAGAAAGGAAGGCAGAGAGAGAAACAGUCUGCUUAACCAUGAAAUUUUAUAUUUCCAUGCAAGAACCAUAUAAGGGGAUGCUAAGAAACAAAACAGUUACACUGUUAUAUCUGAAUCCAAAUGUCAGGGCAAGUGAUCCAUCCCUGAUCACGAGGCAGGGUUGGGAGGUUUUGCCUACAGAGAGAUCUCACCGCUCCGUGAAGCUUGACUCGAUCGGGGUUCCCAGGUGGUGAUGGCAGCUGAGGGUCCAGAGCGUUGGAGACAAACAGAGGAAAGCUCCCAGCAGGGUCCGUCAGGAGCAAAUGCAGUGUCAAUGGGACUGAUGCAGAAUGGACAUCCAGGCAUCAGAAGGCCACUGGAGGCUUUGGGGGCAGUUAU